UAGUGGUAUGGGUGGUUAUGGGGGUAGCGGGAUUGGUUACGGAUCAAGUGGUUAUGGCGAUGGUGGUUAUGGUGGUUAUGGAGAUGAUGGGUACGGGUCUGGCGGUUCUGGUUACGGAGGAAUCGGUGGUUAUGGUGGCAGUGGAGGUUAUGGCGGCAGUGGAGGUUAUGGAGGUAUUGGUGGUUAUGGUGGUUAUGGCGGAAGCAGUGGAGGUUAUGGUGGUAGUGGAGGUUAUGGAGGUAUUGGUGGUUAUGGUGGUUAUGGCGGAAGCAGUGGAGGUUAUGGUGGUAGUGGAGGUUACGGAGGUAGUGGUGGUUAUGGCGGUUAUGGCGGAAGAAGUGGUUAUGGUGGAUAUGGCAAACAUGGUGGUCAUGGAAGGAAGAAAAGCGUCUAUUAAAUGAAAAGAAAUGGACAAGACAGAAGUAGACCUGAUAUAUCGAG